AUGGCGGGCUCAAGCUUCGACAUUAUUACCGCUUGCGAGUCUCCGGGUGGACCUCCCCCGGGUUUAAGCAUGCUUGGAGGCAUGUGGUGGUCUCGCAGGCAUCCACCAAAGGACUUUCAGGUGUCUUUUGCAAGAAAGACGGUGCUCGUGACGGGCGCAAACACGGGCCUAGGCUUCGAAGCAGCAGUCAAGUACGUGGCCCUCGGUGCGGAAAAGCUGAUCCUCGCCGUGCGUUCUGCUGCCAAAGGCGAGGACGCCAAGAAUCGCAUUCUCGAGCGCACCAGGCGCAGCAGUGGCGACGUUGUCAUCGCGAUCCUGACAGUCGAUCUCGCUGAUUUUGCGUCAGUCCAAGGAUUCGUGCGGAACCUUCAUCAGGAGACACCGUAUCUCGACGUGGCGCUCCUCAACGCUGGCCUCGCCAACCCGAAGUUCGAGCAAUCUUCCGCCGGCUGGGAGAUGGCCGUGCAGGUUAACGUGCUCUCUACCGCGCUCAUGGCAGUCUUGCUGCUGCCAUUACUUCGGGCCACUGCGGCAGCUCGCAUCAAGCCAGCCCAUCUGACUUUCGUCAACAGUCAUGGUCAUGACAUGGUGCAGAAGGAUUGGUACGAAUAUGCGGGUGGCAGCCUGCUCAAGGCAUGCAAUGACAAGGGGAAAUGGGAUGCCGCCAGGAGCUAUAGCAUGGUCAAGUUGAUGGGCAUGGCAGUCAUGCAAGCCGUGGCGCGCGGAGUGACCAAGUCUUCCACGUCCUUGCUGAGUCCUCAGCAUCCCGAUAUCAUCGUCAAUGCGGUUUGCCCUGGGCUUUGCAAGACGGACCUGGGCCGUAAUUUCGGCACAAUGUCACAGAUUUCAGGCUUCUUCUUCCAAGGCGUAUUUGCGCGCACCGCGGAAGAAGGCUCUCGAUCGCUGGUUAGCGCGACGGCUCUGGGCCCCGAGAGCCACGGACGAUUGUGGCACCAUGAUAUCUUGUCCCCGGUUGGAGAUAUAGCGAAGGACGAAGAUUUCAUGAAGCAGACUUGGGCAGAAAUACUGGACGCUGUUUCUCAGGGAAAGCCCAUUCUCCAGCAGGCUCUCGACGGAGAGGCGUGA